AUGGAGAAUAUUCUCGUAGACAACAUUCAGGUUCCUCAUAGAAUCGUUGAAAUAAAAGGUGACGGAAACUGUUCAUUCCGUGCCUUUUCAUACAUUUUGUUCGAAAAUGAAGAGUUUGCGCAGGUGGUGAGAAGAAAAGUUGUCAAUUACGUGGUUGAUAACUGGAGUCGAUAUGAGUAUUUCGCAACUAAUUCGAAUAGAGAGUUCCGAAAUGGAGUUGAUUACUCUUCCGAGAUGUUGCGGUCUAACUCGUACGGUACGAGUUGCGAAAUAACAGCAGCUGCCUUCCUCUAUCACUGGCAUAUCGUGGUUUAUAGAAAUGGGAUGGAAUUAAUGGAGUUUGGUGAGACGCCAGCAUUCUCUGUCAGAUUGAGAUUCACUGGAAAUCUGAACGGCGGUCAUUUCGACGUCCUGGAAGGAGAUUCCACUGCUGGGGAAUCUCAAAUUUGUCCAUCGUUCACUAUGGCAGAUUUUUUGAUAGCACAGCAGUCAAAUAAAAGGAAAAAACAACGGGAAAAAAUCAAAUCCAAAUGA